AUGCCCGCAAGCUCGCCCAGGAACGCGCUCCGGAGCACGGUGCAGCCACCGCCCGAGCAACACCCGCACCUGUUCCUCGUGUUCGCAAAGACGGGGCACAAGAAGUGCCCCUCCAGCGGGCCUGACUCUGGCCCCCACGGGCGCCCUCCAGCUGAACCCAAGGGCUUCGGCGCACGUCGCAACGCGCUGCGGGCCACACGUGGGCUGCAGCCAGCCAAGGAGAAGCAUUCGCCCUCUACCAGCAGACGCACUCGACCCAUCACAAAGUACGCGAACGUGCCCCAGAGGGUUGUGCAGCGCCACCAGGGCCAGGGUGACGCGAUCGAGAUCUUCGAAGACGAGAAGGAAACUAGAAAGACGGUAUUGAUGACGGCGAACGACGCCAUUGUGAUUUCGGAUGACGAAGAGGCCGCGGUCAAGACCCCUCGCGCGAUGAAAUACAUGGACAAUAAGGAGGUAAUUGAACUAUCAGACAAUGAUGGAGAUUUACCUGUGGAUGGUGGACGAGCGCGAGAAGUUGUAAAAUCCAACGGCAAGAAGAAAACCUAUGUGAGCAAACUCGAGGCGAUUGAGAUAUCCGAUGACGACGUGAUACCUGUGAGUGUGGACAAGCGGACGCCGAAGAGCGCGAUGAAGCACGCAACGACCGACCGGGAGGGAGAGAGCGACCCGCCCGUACGGGUCAAGGUACUGGUGCACGACGAGCAGCUGAACAUCUCCACCAGCGGAGGCUUACCCAAUGAAAGGCACGACGACGCCCACUUGCAACGCUUCGAUGUCCUCGAACAGGUGUGGAAAGACGUCAGUGAUGGACGCACCCGUAUAUGCGCGUUGAUGGAGUGGGAGAGUCGCAGAGGAUGGCUCGGGGAGAAAGAAGAUGUGAUGCAAGUACGCCUCGCGGUGAUGACGGCAAGCAGCAGGAAGCCAGUCGCUUUCGUAUGGAACUACGAGGGGUACCAGGACGAGGGGCCAACCGUGCACAUCUUCUACGACAUGGCUCAACUCGUCCGGAGGUGCGUGGAGGAGGUCGACGGCGAAGAGGUGGCGACCUCGUUGAAGAGGCCGACCCACCCGACCGGGUCCUGGAAGAGCGGGAAACCCGCACCGAACUGGACGUGUCCGCACUCGGACGUCCACACCGCCCCGGCGCUGGCGCGCGCGCGCACGCGGUCCGGAUGCGAAUACGGGCUAUACCUCCGCGACCCGAAGGUUGUCCAUGUUUGCGACUCCUUCUACAUGGCAGAUGGGCUGCUGGAGGCCAACGAGGCCGAGGAUGACAUGGAGGAUAACGAGGUACUCACAGGGGAGCCGGACGCCGACGACCACUUUGCGGACAUGAUGCGUAACCUUUCCAUACGCCCAGAAUCCCUCGCGCCCGCUGCACCCAUCGCCCCGCCCGCCGCACCCAUCUCCACGCCCGAAGCGCCUGGCGUUUACCCUGCCCGCGCGAGCACGCGCGACGCGCCUGGUGUCCUCCACAUCCAGGCCCUCUACAUCCGUCCACCUCAAGGGGGCAGUCAGGGACACGCGAAGGAGGUGACUCAACUCUGA